GAAGUACUUGAGAUUGCCUGGGAUUCAAAAGUUCCUCGUGAAACUGUUCUUGUUUCACCCACUUGUAUGUAAAUGGAAAGUAGGUAUGUUGUCUCCAUUGUUUUCAGCAGAAAUGUGCCUAAACUGGUAAAACCAGACUGUUGACACAGGUCCACCCACAAUGCAAACCUGCCAAGAGACUUCCUUUCAGCCAAGGGAGAGCUGCAACUGCCAUUUUUUCCCAAGAGACAUACCAAGAAACACAGAUAAGAAAUCCAAUACUGACAGUGACACAUGGGUACAAAUAUUACCCCUCAUCCCAUGUCACACAUAGAGCAACAACAUGAUGUGACAAAUGACAAAGAGUUUCUAAAUGAUUUUUUUGCUAAUAUUUAGUGUCUACAGUCACAUUAAAGUUACAGUUUUUAACAUAUGGGGCUCCACAGCGGUCAGUGUUUCUGAGACAAAGGUUAAACUCCAGAGCUGCUUGAUGUCUAUGUUAUCUGUAGUUACAACUGGUAAUACAUUUAGAGCAAUAAUUAACAAUUAUUAUGGCAAUAGUUCAAUUUUUUUUUUUUUAUAUCCACAUAGCUAGUAACAAAUUGGUGAACUUUAAAAAUUCUCCCUGGUUAAUAGAACACCCAAGUGUUCCUUGCAAAGUGAGAUCUGACACUGUAAACUGAGACUUGUGAAUAAACAAAGUGGAAGCUUACAGCAGCUCCUGGGGGAGGUGUACAAAGAAAAAAAGCCAUGGGGGAUUCUGUUUCACAGCAACAGGUAGCAAUUCCCACCCCUUCCAUUCUGGUGUCCUGUCUACAGGGAGGGGACAAUACAGGUGAACAUCAACCUGCUCCUCCUACUCCACUGGGAUGCAAAGUCACUCCAUAGAGGGAAUCUACUGCAUCCAACUGUAGUCAGACUGUUGUCUGUACAUUAUUAUAUGUAUGAGCUUGGAGAAAUAAGGAAAGAACAGGAUGGCCAACUCAGCACUGGAAAUGGUGGGUCUUAUAUUGACCCUGAUUGGGCUGAUUGGGGCCGCAGCAAGCACUGGGAUGCCAAUGUGGCGAGUCACAGCUUUCAUUGGGGAGAAUAUUAUUGUGUUUGAGACCCGCUACGAGGGUCUGUGGAUGAAUUGUUUCCGGCAGGCUGACAUCAGGAUGCAGUGUAAGGUGUACGACUCUCUAUUGGCCCUAUCCCCUGACCUACAGGCGGCACGGGGGCUCAUGUGCUGUGCUGUGGCGUUGGGUGGCCUCGGACUACUGAUCAGUUUGGUGGGCAUGCAGUGCACAUCAUGUAUCGAAAACAACAACGAUCGAGCUAAGCGAAUGGUCCUCGUCAUUGCAGGAAGCAUGAUCAUAAUGGCUUGUAUCUGCGUCCUUAUCCCCGUGUCAUGGACGGGCCAUGUCAUCAUCACGGACUUUUACAACCCCUUGCUGAUCGAUGCCCAACGCAGGGAGCUCGGAGAGGCACUGUACAUUGGCUGGGUGGCAUCUGCUUUCUUGUUUGCUGGAGGAUGCAUGUUUAUGUGCUGCAAUCUGCAGUCCGAAGACAAAGAUUCACAGAGGUACAUAUACUCCAGGGCCUCCGACUACAUUAGCUAUCCUCCACAACCUCUACAGCCUCAACAGCUGGUGGUACUUCCCCAACCAGUACCCCAACCACAGCCAGUGCUGUCAAGACACCCAUCAACGAUCUACAGCUACCAAUCCAGACACCCCUCUGUACGCAGUGGGGUGGCUUAUCUCUGAACACUUAAACUGACUGAGGUAAUAAUGAUCAGUUACAGUCACUAUAUGCAAGGAAAUUUCUUUUAAAUAUGGGUCAGCUGGCAGAGCAAUCUGUGACACAUUUCAGCUGUUAAAAGAUCAAUUUCAGGUUAAAAAUAAUUACAUUUGAAGGAAUACAUUUACUGUGAAUGCAAAUGGAUCAGAUUCAUCAGAUUCGUAUGGAUUGUAAAUCAACUUUUUAUACAUUAUUUGAGGAGUGUAUAACGUCUUAUUAACCAGCACUUGAUAUACUUGAUUUCAACCUUUAACAUUAUUAUAAUCUUGCCUGUGUAAGCCAAUGAUUUUCCUUACUAUUAUGUGUGUGUAUUAUCAAAUUUUAUACAGACAGCCUUGUUUUUUCUAACAAUUUUGUAUGUGUAUGUUGUAUGUAACAGUUCUUGUAACAUUUAAUCUCCAAGCAAUAUGACAGGGGGGAUUUGUGUUUACUGUCAAUUUGCUGCUGGCAUGUAACUGAGCUGUAUCGUUACAAAGACAGUAAAUACUGAAGUUUCCUUCAACCUUCAAGUGAAAAUUUACACCCCCCACCAAAAAAAAAAAAAAACCCAAAACAAAGGAAAAAAAAACCCACAGCAACACACACAUACGUGUUUAGGAGAAUCGCACACC